AUGACACGUUCUAGUAAUGGUAUAAACUUUGGAUUUUGUUGUAAGACUAUAUCAUGUCUUGGCAUUUUACAAUGCAUGGUGAUCACAGCAACCUUAUGUUGGGCUAUAGUGAACAUGUUCUUUAUAGCUAGAAGUAAUUCAAAUAUAUUAGAUAAUCAGGAUUUAAAGCUUUAUAAGGAUCUAUAUACAUGGGAGGUCGAGGGAUCUGAGUUAGCAUAUACAAAUUCUUAUAGUACAAAUGACUCUAUACUUAGGAGUGAAAGGAUCUUGUCAGAUGUACAGUCUCAAUCUAGAAUAGAAUAUCCAAAUGCUAAUAUAUGGAAGAUGCAUGGUGAUAUUGGCUUAUUACCAUCUAAUGAACCAGCUUGGAUAUCAUCUAAUCCACCAGAAAAUAUAAUAAUGUCUGUAGCUUUGAAGAAUGGAGGGGGUUUUAAUUUGUAUAAAUCCGAUUCUUUGCCAUUAGAUAGGAAUGUAACAGAUUAUAGACAUAAUGAAUGUAAAAAUAUUUCCUACGAUUUAGAUAAAUUAGAAGGUAUUUCAGUCAUAAUUGUAUUUUAUAAUGAACCAUUUUCAACAUUGAUGCGAUCUGUACAUUCUGUGUUAAAUAGAACUCCGCCAAAGAUAUUACGAGAAAUUGUUUUAGUAGAUGAUGGAAGUGAUCUUGAUUAUAUUAAAGAGAACGGAAAUAACCAACUAGUAAACUAUUUAAAGACUCUUCCAAAGACAAGAUUAAUACGAAAUCCUAAAAGAAUGGGAAUUGUAGCAGCUCGUUUGGCAGGUAUUCGUGCUUCCAUAUCUCCAAUAUUUGUUAUACUUGAUAGUCAUAUUGAAGUUCAACCAGUUUGGGCUGAACCUUUAAUUCAGCGUAUUCAGGAGGAUCCUAGGAGGAUAUUGAUGCCACAGAUAGAUUCAAUUGAUAGUAAAACAUUUGAAUUUAUUGGUGGAGGAAUAGGAUGUACCUUGGGAUUUCUUUGGAAACUAAUAGAACAUGCAUUUCCUCAAGAAAUAUCUGUACUUCCAUUAAGGAGAGAGGCAAAGAGUUAUGAAUAUGUAACAUCUCCAACAAUGGCUGGGGGUUUACUUGCUGCUAAUAAAGCUUUUUUUACAGAAAUAGGUUCAUAUGAUCCCCAAUUUGAGUAUUGGGGUACAGAAAAUUUAGAAUUAUCCUUUAGAACUUGGAUGUGUGGAGGUAUUAUUGAAUGUGCUCCAUGCAGUAGAGUUUUCCAUGUAUUUAGAAAAGGAGGUGUUGGUUACUCUUCUCCCUCAUAUGCUGUAUUAAAGAAUAAGCUUAGAACUUUAUAUUUGUGGAUGGAUGAAUUUGGUGACUUAGCAUGGCGAGUAAUGGGCAAGCCUAGAAUAAAUUUAGGACCUUUAGAAGAAAGACAGGAACUUAGAAAACGUUUGCAAUGUAAAUCUUUCAAGUGGUUCCUUGAAAAUGUUAAUCCAGAAUCAGAAGUAAAGUCUUUAGAUGAUGUACCUUUUUUGGGUUUCAUUAAAAAUGUAGAAAGUAAUCAGUGCUUAGAUAAUGCAGGAACAAGUACUCCUGGAGGACAUAUAAAACUUUGGGGGUGUCAUGGAGGUGAUAGUCAAAGUUUCAUGUAUUUUAAGAGUAGCAGGCACUGGAUGGUCACAAGCAAUGACGAAUCAUGUUUAACAGAAGAUUUAUCUUUAAAUUGGUGUAAUUCAAAUAUGUAUAAUUGGGAUUUGUUGAAAGUAAAUGGCACUAAAGAUACCUACAUUUUUAAAUCAAUAAAUAAAUGUCUCAGUGUAGAAAAUAGAGAACUGGGAAUGUUUGAUUGUAAUUUAGAAGAUAAGAAACAAUGGUGGCAGGUUGAGCCUUAUGGACUUUCUUCUAUACUUCUUCCCCCUCCCGAUCAACUAUUCAAGAAAACAGCUUUUAGGGGUUCCUAG